AUUCGUAUAUCCAUUGGAUGCUUAUUCGUCUUUGAUAGAGUUCAAGUUUUGUUGUACUUGUCUUUAAAUCCAUGCCAUUCUUUGUCAACUUGUCUUGUGAUGGGUUCGAAGCGUAACCCCACAACUGUUUCUUUUGUGGCCUUGGCAGGAUUUAUUUUUAUUCAUUGUGCUUCCCAUAUCACCCCAGCCUCUAGUAGCUCAUUUCAUGGUAAAUCCUGUUAAGUAGUUAGUGUUCUGCUUUUAUGAUUAGUGUGGUUUGAUAUCAGAGUGGCGCAGCGGAAGCGUAAUAGGCCGUGUUCUGUUCCUAGAAAGUGAUGAGGCAAUUGUUGUCUCGGAUUGUGUGAAGCCAUUCACCACUUGAUAUGGUCUUCAAUUUGAGUUUUGGGGACAAAACUCCUUUUUAGGAGGGGUGAGUGUAAUAUUCCAAAUUUUCGGGAAUAUUUAAGUGGGCUUAAAAGAGUAGAAUUUGGAUAAGGAUGGCUUAUUUCUUUUCUCCCUUUUCCUCUUUCUUCUCCAGCCCGUUUCUGCUCUUGUCUUCCCGCUGCAGCCCGAAAGGAAAAAAAAAAGGGGAACCCAGCCAUGCUUAAGAAAUUAGUGAGAAAGCUUGGAGAUUUCUCCUUCUUUCUUGUUCUAGAACCCACCUAGAACCCAGAAAUCUUCCCUACCCUGCUGGAAAAGCCGGAUCUGCUAUGCUCUUCUGCCCUUGUCCGCCGGCUGCUCUUGUUGUGGGUGCAAAUUCUGGGCAUUUUUCGGUAAGAACAGCCAUUAAAUUCCUUUGUUCUUGCUUGAAUUGGCUUGGGUUUAUGUUAAUUGCUCUUGGUUCCUUCAAUUUUGGGUAGCCCGUGAGUUUCUCCCCUGCACUCCCGCCGGCCUUCCCCAAUCUGCUAGCUCCGGUUCCUUGCUUGUAAAUUUUGGUUCUUGAUCGUCCUGUCAGUUUAGUACGUGAAUUGAGUGCUCGGUUUUAUGCAAGUGAGGUAAGUAAUUUAUGGUAAUGCCCGUACUGUUUUAAAAGCAUGUUUUGAUUUGUUGUUGAAGUGGUGGCGGGACUAAACCCGUUUUACACGAUCAUGACUGAUUUGAAGUGAAAUGUUUUAUGCUUUUCAUUAAGUUGAGCAUGCCUACUUGAAAUUUGAUUGAUUGUCCUAAUGAUCUGAAAGUGAUUGUGAAUCGUGAUUUUUCUGUUAACUUCUACCUGUUUUGUCUCCGAUAUGGUCAUGUUAUUCGUGACCCUGCUAGUGGGGGAGGUUAUAAACGCUAGCACAUGUCGACAUGUUAGUGAUAGAGCCGGUUCGUUCAACCCUGCUAGUGGGGGUUAUACACCAGCAAAUCGUGUGCCCGCCAAUGGGAGGUUUAUAAACGCUGGCCGUGACCUAUAGAGGAGACGUCUAUUUCGUGCCUGUACUGUAUCUGUUUUUCGUGAUUGUACUUGUUGGCAUGCUUUAAGUUUGAUAAGGGGCACUCCAUAUUUACUUACUGAGUUUAUCUCAUAGUUUUUCCUUGUCCACCAUUUCAGGAAGUGAAACCGAGGACGGGGAAACCACGAGAAGUGACGAGUUAGAAGGCUAGCCACUUUGUAAAUUGAACAUAGAUUUAGAAAUGAAUCAUGAUCUUGUAUUUGGAGAUUUUAUGAUAUCAGAGAGAAUUUUAUAAGAUUUGAUCUUCAGAUUUUGAUGGUAUCAGAGUGUGAAUAUGAUAAGUUUCGAGCCUUGUGCAUUUGUGGGACCCAUCUCACGAGUGCACGGCGUCUGUCGCGUCUUGAAAUUGGGUUUUGGGGCGUGACAAGCAUGCUGGAGCCGCCCUGUGCUCCCCACUCCAAUGAUCCUUCCGAGUCUGUCGGCUUUUGGGUCCCUUUCUGGUGACCCUUUUGGUUUUCCUGUUUUUUCUUGUUGUUUUGUUUUACUUUAUGUUCUUGUAUAGUUUAUGUUUUUCAGAUCUGGCGACCCUCGACUCUAUCCUGCAGAUCUUGGGAGGUGCUCGCUGAUUUUCCAGAUUUGGCCACUGCCAGACUGGAGCUUUGCCACGGCAUCCUGGAGAUUUCGUGCCAUCCUCUCCGGAGUAUAUUGAAGGGUGUCCCAUGGCUGGAUCGGUCAACCUCAGGUUGCUUGAGUGACUUCACCUCCUUUCCUCCCAUGCAUCGGGCCUACUCUGCUUUGCUUCUCCAGUUUGUUCUUUUCUUUGUCUGUUACCUUUAUUCUUUUGGAUAAGGUCUGAAUGUAGAUGCCGUAUGGCAGUUUCCCUAAUG